AUGUACUGGCCCUUGGGAUGGCCCAAGGAGCUCUUUGUCGGCCACCAGGAUGAGAACAAGUCAAAGCCUAGGGUGGCAAUAAUGACCGCUGAAGAAAUGAAAUGCAUCGUUCCGAACCGAUAUCACAUGCUUUUUGCUCUACUCGGCUCAUCCUCCGUCUCCAUUUGGCACUCAAAGCCCUGUGUGGAAAUUCUCUGCUACAAAAGACCAGCUGAACAGGUUCAGCGACAAGGAGAAUUCGUCCGCGCAGAAUGGAGGGCUGAUUCUUCAAUGCUCGCCUGCAACACGACGAAAGGCUUUCUCCUGUUGUAUCUGCUCGAGCAAGAUAUCAAGGGCGAAACUGGACUGACGCUUUAUGAGCAUCGCGGGCCAAGACCGACGAAUGAUUCGCAAGAAUCAGUGCCAGCGCUGCGAUUGAGCUUGAAACAUGUCGUACCAAUGCCGGAAGGAAUGCUCUCCUUGUGCUGCGUGCGAGAUGAACUUUUGGUGACUUCGAAGGAUGGAUUGCUUCAUUUCUUUUCCUGGGAGAACUCUGAAACGGAACGAAUCUUAUCAAUAAUGGACAUUCCUUUUGCAAUGGAUCUUCAACAGAGCCGUGGCAGCUCACUGGACGAAGUAAGAAGCAUAAAAGAAGCCCUCUUCUCCCCAUAUUUAGACGGCUUCGUCGUGCUGUUAUCAGACGGCAGAGCUGCUUUGGUGGCUCCAAGCAUGCACGGAGAAAAAUUUAACUAUUCUCAAAACUAUCAGGGUAUUUGGGCUCCCGGACUCUCGAAUUCCACCACAGCUGCGAUCAACAACAAAUACAGACUUCUUGCUUUCGGUACUGCUGAUGGCGAUUGCUCCGUUUUUGGAGUCGAUGAUGUUACUGGAGCGCUCGUUCUGUCACAUAAAAUGAUUUUGGAGAAGAAAUUCUACCCGGGAGUCAAAGUUGGGCCGGUGAAUAAUCUAGUCUGGACGCCAGACGGGUGUGCUUUGGCAGUCACCUGGGAAACGGGAGGACUAGCGGUGUUCUCUGUUUUUGGCUCGUGUCUUAUGUGUACGCUUGGUGGAGACUUUGGAGUCACAGCGGAAGGGUUGAGACGAGAAGCGUCGAUUUUUACCUCGCUAUGCUGGGGAACGGAAGGUUAUCAAUUGUGGAUGAUCAUGCGAAACAAAAAAGAAAGCGAAAAAGGUUUAUACCAGCUCAGCUUCAUCAAGUCCGCUCUCACCUCGAACCCGAACUCAAGCAACCAUUCGCACGUGAUUCUUCAAGCUGAGGACCGAAUUUUCUUCACGCCGCAUUCGGAAGAGCGUCGGGGCACAAGAAACCAGAUCAACUCUGUUGGCUCGAAGCAGUGGACAGUGAUUCAAAUGCCUUGUAACUAUUUGUCAGGAAACUGGCCGAUUCGUUUUUCUGCUGUAGAUUCAAAAGGUGCUUAUGUCGCGAUUGCCGGAAACUUUGGAUUCGCUCAUUACUCAGUUGCCACAAAAAAGUGGAAACUCUUCGGCAACAUCAUGCAUGAGAGAGACAUGGUUGUUACCGGAGGACUCACUUGGUGGGAAGAUUUCAUUUGCGUAGCCUGCUACAAUUUACAAGAGUCGAGAGACGAGAUGAGAAUCUACCCAAGAAGCACGAACUUGGACAACUCUUUCGCGCAUUUCAGACGGCUUCGUUCGCAGAUUCUUCUUGUGAACACUUACCAGGACAAUCUCAUCCUUUUCUGCGCCGAUUACAAAAUCGAGCUGUUCAAAAUUGAAGCGGAAAAGAAGGAUGGAACUCCGACGGCAAAACUGACACCUCUCCAGGACAUUUAUCUUGCUAGAUACGUCGCCUAUCCCUCCCUCGUCGUAUCCAUCACAAUGACUACUCUGCACAUGGAUUGGUCUGGCCGCCGCCAAGCAAGUCACAAAGAAUCCGAAACGUUGAUCAUCAAUGUUGCUGGUCGCCUCCUAAUUCUCCAUCGAACUCCAGAGGAAGAAUUCUCAGUUCCACCAGUGGUCCUUGCGUCAAGUGUAGAGACACUUUGGGCACCUCCAAGCCCGAGAGAUAGAAGAAAACUACAUCUCCUUGAUACAUUGUGGCUCAAUUGUGGAGCCGCGGGAAUGCGAGUCUGGCUGCCGCUUUUCCCCAGAAAUAAUGAGAAAUUGUUGUCUAGGAGAAUUAUGCUUCCAUUUCUAUCCGAUAUUUAUCCACUUGCUGUGCUUUUCGAAGAAGCAAUCGUCCUCGGCGCUGCAAAUGACACGAUGCAAUAUCCGGGCGGACAAGAAACUGCUGGCUUCCCCUUUAGCACGCUCAAACGAACAUGCGACAUUUACCUUCAUCAAAUUCUGCGUCAACUGCUACGCAGGAACUUGGGUCAACAUGCGCUGGCGCUCGCCCAAACCUGUACCUCGCUUCCUUAUUUUCCUCACGUGCUAGAACUGAUGCUGCACGAAGUUCUAGAAGAAGAGGCCACUGCCUCUGAGCCCAUACCAGAUCCACUUCUUCCUACUAUUGUAAAGUUCAUCACAGAAUUCCCGCAAUACCUACAGACAAUCGUUCAUUGUGCAAGAAAAACUGAAAUUGCUCUCUGGCAAUAUCUCUUCCAGUCGGUUGGAAAGCCACGAGAUUUAUUUGAAGAGUGCCUUGAAAAUGGAAAGCUCGAAACUGCCGCCACUUACCUAAUUAUUUUACAAAACUUAGAAAAAUUAUCGGUUGCGCGAGAAGACGCAACGAAACUUUUAAAUCUAGCAUUGCAAAAAUGUAGAUGGAAGCUAGCUGCUGAUCUUACACGAUUUUUAAAAGCGAUUGGCGAUGGAGAUCAGUGUAGUCCAAGUUUCCGUCAUCCGACGCUUCUGAAUGCAAAUAUCUACCCCGUCGUUCCGAAUGUCAAGCCAGCCGCUACCAAAGCCGUCAACGGCGUCAACUAUGCAAGAGACAAAUACGGCCGCGAAAAAGAUGAAAAUCAAGCGAGGAUCUCAGAUAACAUACUCCCACGAGUUCCCAGUGAGGCGAAACUAACGCCAAAACAUAAUGUCGGAAUGGGGAGGACAAUUUCGUCGCCUGUUAAUCUUCUUACGCCUGAAAAACCGUCUGGAAAGAAUGGAGAAGACGCAGAAGAAGAAAAGGCUUUCUUCCCGGAUGAAAAGUCUGGCUCAGGUCCCUGCUCGGGUAGAUCUCCUGACUCGAGGCCCAGCUCACCUGAUAAUGCUGAAAUUCCAGCGGAGCAUUAUUAUAUCGAAACAAUCUUAACCCGGCAGGCGAGAAAAAUGCUUGAAGACAUGAGGCUGCGUGAUUUGGGCCAAUUUGCGGCGCACAUGCAAUUUCAACUGGUUCCAUUUCUAAAGCGCGAGCAAGGCCGAGCUGCUACCGUUCUACAUCCUGUGAAAGCGCUGAAAAAGCUACACGACGAUUUCGAGUGGCCACAUCCGACAAGUUCAUCAUCCGUAAGCAAACGGUUGAUUAAAGAAUUUCCUCGUUCGUUGUCUAUGCAAGAGCAAGGCUCCGCGGCCGUUGACCCCAUUGAUCAAUUGAAUAGGCGCUUUGAGAUGCUCUCCACACAACAGGAGUCGUUCCAAUCUCAACAGCGAAAGAUUCAAUUCGAGGAGCUCUCAAUCGCCUCUCUCCAGGAAGCGCAUUUGAUGCCUCUUGGUAAUCCCGAACUUCAGUCCCUCGCCGGCUUCUCAGAACUAUCUGAAGGCGAUUCAAUAGAAGAUCUCUCUAUGGACCACAAUGAGACGCAAGGCCAACUAUCUCAUUUAGUCUUAGACGCUGCUAGGGGACCUGUCAGGACUGAGAUGCAAUUGAGGUAUCUUCUGGAGCUAACACUAGAAUCGAGUUGUCACGAGUGGUCGCUGCUGAUUUCAUUAGUUCUCCGCGAUGCGGAGACAAUCCAACGUCUGAUAACGCGCUCAAAUGAUCAAGUACUCGAAACUUUAGCGGCUGUUCUCAAAGCGAUUGAGAAAUGGGCCGGCCUGGAAUCACAAGGCUACAGGGUCUUUGUCCUCUGUAUAAGACAACAGAACCCGAAUACCAUCAACAAAAUGAUGAACAGUGAUUCUUUACCGGAUCUUUACCAACCGCCCAGUCCAGAUUCGCAUGAUUUAGCAUCAGCUUCACCGACUCUAACAAGAGCUCAAGUGGGCUCCUCUCUGCGAAAGAACUCCGACCCUUUUGCCGAAACUCGCAGCCAGAUGAAACGAAGUGAAACCGCCCCGGAGCUCGACGAACAAGCGGGCUACACUGAUCAGUGUUCGAUACAGUAG